CUGACGUCUUCACGGAGCCCUAGAAUGAAAAUAAAUUUCAUUUAUUUUUUAUUUGAAUUUUUAGUGGUGGAUUCAAUUUUUUUGGUAAAAGUUAAUAAAAACGCUAGUAAAUGGCAAUUAUGACUUGAUUAAAAAAAAUAAAACCAAGGAGAGAUAAUUAUGACGGUUCACCAUCCCCAUUAAUUCUUCUUUUGUCAGAACAAAAAAGUAAAAAAAAAAAAAAAAUUGUUCCUUCUCAAAUCAAGAAAACCAUACUUAGCAACAUUUUUAAAAUUUUCUGUCAAAAACAAAGGUAAAUAAACAAAACUAACCACAAAUAUAUUUUCAACAAAAAAAGAAAUCUCUAGUAUUCUAUCUUUUGUAAACUUCAAGAGCGGUUUUUUAGUGAAGCAUUUCAAUAGUUGGAGAGUAUGGAAGAAUCAUCGUCAAGUUUAAAAGAUCAAAAGGAAUUAGUUGCCCCGCCACACGAUUAUGUCGAGGUAGAUGGUGAUGAUGAUACAAAGGCUUUAGGGGAUGCAAAAGUAGAGGAAAAAACCAGCAAAGUUUAUCGCAAAACGCACAAAGUAUUAAUGUAGGAGGGUCAGGGAACGAAAGAGUAAUAGAUGAAAGUGGAACAGGGCAAGUUUCGCAAGCAACACCAUCAACACAAGAUGUAGACAUCACCAUGGGUGACUCGUCUAGCAAGGUUGUUCCAGAAUCAAAUGCAAUGGCGUUAAGUGGACUACAUCCGAUUGAUGGUGAAGGGAAGGGUGUUGAGGAAGGGAAAGAGAAGGGUAUGGAGAAAGAGAAGGGUAUUGUGGAAGGGAUGGAGAAGGGUAAUGAGACAGAGAAGGUUAUUGGGGAAGGGAACAAGAAUGUAGGUGUUGUAGUUGUGUCAGGUAAGGGUGAUUUGACGAAAAAUGAGGAUGUUGGAGAUAGGAUAAAUGAAAGUGGUGCAGGGAAUCAUCUGGCUACCCUAAAAGGAUUUGGGGAAGAUACUGGUGGUCCAAUGGAAGAAGAAGCCAGUGGAGAUGUGGUGGCAAGAGGUUCACAGCCAAUUGAUCCACAAAAGGAUGAUGUGCCCCCCCAAGCAAUGGUUAUGGCCAUAAAGGGUCAAGACAACAUUCCAAAAGUCAAUGAGGAGGGGGGGAAAGAACGUCAAGCAAAGAAAAUGGUGGAAGACGCACAAAAGGAUGAUGUGCCUUCCCAAAGAGUUGAUAUGGCCAUGCAGCCUGAGUAUGUUGUGGGCAAGACAAAUGAAAGCGCAGCAGCUACAUUAGUUGUAGAUCUAACUGGGGAUAAGGAAAUGGCCAUGAACAAGCAACCAGGAGGUGCAAGUCAGCAAGGGAGGAAAAAUAAACGACCUCAGGAAAUUCAUUCUCCACAAGUUGUUCCAUUUGACAAAUCUAGUUCGUCGAAGAUUGAUGAUAAUGUAUCUGCAACAACUGAUAAACCAAAACGCAAACCGGGAAGACCAAAGAUGAAGGCAAGUACAGAAGGGGAUGCUGAAGCCGAGGAAGUACAAAAGAGGCCGCGUGGAAUACCGAGAGUGUCAGAGGGAAAUAAGAACUAUCCGAUCGUACGAGCAUAUCCCAAAGAUGUGCAAGUUGCUAUCAAAGCCAUGACUGAAGGGCGAAAGAAGUUUGUGAAGAAAACAAUUUUCAGGACAUUUCUCAACAUAAAAAUUAAGCACUUUGACAGGGACUUUUUGGCAUAUUUAUACAGUCGAUGGGAUCCACAACGAAAAGUGUUACGAAUCUGAGACGACUAUGAAAUAACAAUAAACGAGGAGAUGGUGGGUUGGAUCACUGGACUUCCAUAUGGACCCCUGACUUUGAGCAUUCCUGAAAUGGAUGUCACUGACAAAAAAUUCCAAGACUUGAAGAGCAGUUACAAUAAUUCAGGGGGGAUCUGCUUUGCAGUUGUCCACAACAAGUGCAUGGUACAUCUGUGGAAAACAAAGACUUUCUUAAACACUUUGUCCUCUGUGUUUUGGGUAAUGUUUUAUGCACUACAACAAGUAACAACAUUAGCCCUAGCCUUUGUUGGUUGCUGAAAGACAAGUACAUAAAUGAAGCAAAGAGGUAUAACUGGUCCAAAUACAUACUUGAUUGGAUGGUCAAGUAUGGAGGAAGUGAUCCUGCCAAGGGAUUUAAGGGAUCUCCUUUGGUUCUUGUGAUGGAAGAGGGAUGAUGUGGGACAAAAGUGUACCAAGGCUAGGGGCUUGGGAACAAUGGUGUGUUAAUGCUGCUAUUGCCGCUGAUAAGGGAACAGAUGGAAAAUUUGGUGCAGCUGAGGUAGUGCGUGAUGUCGUUUAUGGAAAAGCAUAUCCGAUCGGUGA